AUGUUUAGUGCAUUCGAAAAGGAUAGUAACAAGAAAAUCAACAACAUCAACAGCAACGCCUUUCGAGGAAAGACGAUAAUCUGCAUUGGCGCGAAUGCUGGGAUCGGAUUGGCUAUGUGUGACCACGUCGCCCAAAGUGGCGUCAAGAGGCUUGUGAUGGGCUGCCGCUCGAUGGACAAAGGAGAAGCGGCACGCUCUGAGAUAAAAGAAAGGUGCCCCGACUUGGUUGUUGACUUGUGGCAAAUCGACCUCUCUUCUCUCAACUCAGUCCGUUCUUUCGGCCAGCGCUGGACUGAGCAGGCAGAAGACGCGCGCACAAUCGACACGCUGUUCUUGAACGCAGGUCUCAUAUCGCCCAACACGGCCUCGAGCAGCAGUGCAGACGGGCUUGAGAUGACGUAUGCAUGUAAUGUGAUCGGUCAUCUUGCCUUGAUUAGCCACCUCUUGCCUUGUCUUAACUCAACAGACUCGCGUAUCAUUUUUACUGGCUCUGGUGCAUAUAUGUUCACCUCACUGCCCAGUCGCCCACCUCCAAACAAGAGGACUCCGCUUAGGGACAGCUGGAACGUUUAUGGCUAUGUUAUCAACGCUUUCGCCAUUUACGCCGACUCGAAACUGCUGUUGAACGUGGUAGUAAAAGAACUGCAGCAGCGCCUUGCUGACAAGCACAUUUGGGUCGGGGUAUACCAUCCAGGCGCGGUCAACACUACCAUCACCGAUAAGGCGCACUAUGGGGUCUCUUGGCUCAUUACCUACCCCUUUACUUACAUUAUGAGCUAUUUUGGAAGAACGCCAGCAGAAGGCGCUGCGCCGGGUUUGCAUCUUGCAAGUGAACCGAAAGAAAAUUUACCUGGAGGCGCUUACUGGAAUGAGUAUGCACAGAUUGAGCUGGUAAAACAGGCUGAGGAUGCAGAGUUGAGGAAACGGUAUUUCGACAGAUGCGUUGAGGAUGCACGCGUCGAUCCUGCUGUUUUUGUUGCGUGA